CCCUGGUGCAGAUUACGGCUGGCAUAUGCCAGAAGGAAAGAAGGUUUUCACUCCUUCUCCCCUCUACGUUUACAGCACUGUGACAAGUCCAAAACAGAGGCUUUGGAGGAUGAUGAGAUAGAGGAAUUUUACAAGAUACUGACAGAGAGGAGGGAAAUAGACAAGAUCUUCCAAAAGUAUUCAGAUGCAGAUGGGUUCAUGUCCUGCCAGAACCUGGUGAGGUUCCUCUAUGAGACACAGCAAGAAGAAGAUGCUGUUGUUGCUGCCCCGGCCUUAAUUCAGAGAUAUGAGCCCAAUGAAAGAGCCAAGAGGGGUAACGCCAUGACCAAAGAUGGUUUCCUGAUGUACCUGCUAUCCGAUGACGGGAAUAUAUUCAACUCCUCCCACCGUAAAGUUUAUCAAGACAUGACUCAACCUCUCAGUCACUACUUGGUGUCAUCCUCACACAAUACCUAUCUUAUGGAAGACCAGCUCACAGGUCCAAGCAGCACAGAAGCCUAUAUCAGAGCCCUCACCAAAGGCUGCCGCUGUGUGGAACUGGAUUGCUGGGAUGGCCCUAACUCGGAGCCCAUCAUUUAUCAUGGAUACACGCUCACCUCCAAGAUCCUCUUCAGUGAUGUCAUUAAGGCCAUCAAGAACUAUGCUUUCAAAACCUCGCCAUACCCUGUCAUCAUCUCCCUGGAGAACCACUGCAGUGUCGACCAGCAGAAGGUCAUGGCUCAGCACAUGACGACGAUCCUGCAGGACAUGCUCUUGGUUGCCCCAGUUGAUGGAAACAAAUCUCAGUUCCCCUCCCCAGAGCAACUGAAAGGGAAGAUCCUUGUGAAAGGCAAGAAGCUGAGCAGGCAGGAGGACCCCACUGGAACAAAUGGGAACAACAACCUGGAGGCUGAGGAUGUGUCUGAUGAAGAUGAAGCAGCUGAAAUCGAAGAUGAGUCUGUAAAGACUGAGAUACAGCAGAAAGGGAAGAGUGACACCUUGAAGCUGGCCAAAGAGCUGUCAGACACAGUUGUCUACUGCAAGAGUGUCCAUUUCAAUGGCUUUGAGGACCCCAGCCAUCCUCGGGCUUUCUACGAGAUGUCAUCAUUCACGGAGAGCAAAGCUCUGAAACUAGCCCAGGAGUCUGGAACCAGUUUUAUUCAUCACAACAUCAGGCACCUGAGCCGGAUCUACCCUGCAGGCUGGAGGACAGAUUCUUCCAACUACAGCCCCGUUGACUUGUGGAACGUCGGCUGCCAGAUCGUUGCCCUAAAUUUCCAGACAGCAGGCACAGAAAUGGAUGUCUACCAGGGUCGGUUCCAGGACAAUGGGUUUUCUGGGUAUGUCUUAAAGCCGGAAUUCCUCCGGGAUGAGCAAACCAAAUUCAAUCCAAAAUCCAUCACAGAAGGAACAUGGGGGACAAAGAAGAAGCUUCUGCUUAAAAUCAUCUCUGGUCAGCAGCUGCCCAAGGUGAACAAAAGCAAAAACUCCAUCGUUGAUCCUAAGGUAACGGUAGAGAUCCACGGUGUCCAACAGGAUAACAACAAGAAGCAGACUAAAGUCGUUGAAAACAAUGGCUUUAACCCAAAAUGGGACGAAGAGUUUACAUUUGACAUAGAGAUCCCUGCACUUGCCCUGGUCCGGUUUGUGGUGGAAGAUUUUGACGUGUCAACCAAGAACGACUUCAUUGGGCAGUACACCCUUCCCUUUACUAGUCUGAAGCAAGGUUACCGCCACAUCCAUCUUCUGACCAAGAACGGAGACCCAUACUCUUCCUCCACCCUCUUUGUGUACAUCGAUAUCCAGGACUGUGAUUAGCAGCUCAGCUCUUUCAGGGCACAGCGAACCUCAUCACAGAUGUAGAAGGAAUUCAGCAUGCGAAGUCUGCCAACGUCAGGGUCCCGUCAAAUCUGCAGUGCCUUCUCUGGAGCGGCACACGGUGCCCCAGAGGACCCCUGAUGUGAAAUAGCCAUCAAUCUUCUCCCUUCUGCGUGCUGGAAACACCCCAAUGCUGCUGUUGAGAUUAAUCUUUUUGUUCCCAUUUGACCAAUCCAGCUGUGUUUUUAGUUCACUUUAUUUAAUGUGAUUUUUUAAUUCUGCUUUCAACGAGAGGAUAGGGACUCCCUUUUAGC